AUGUCUGUUGGAGAAGAUGGGCCAAGUAAAUGCAGCCGAAAAACUGCGUUAACUUUAUUUUUUGCUGCUGAACUCUUUGCAUUUACGUUCAGUUUAAUUGCUCUAUUAAGUCCAACUUGGCAGUACGCUAACCUUGAGAAUGGACGUACGGAACAUCAUCAUGGAUUGUGGUUGGAUUGUAAACGUGAUUACUCUCAUGAGUAUGGUCGAAAUCGAGAUUUCUAUGAGACAUUAAACAAGCUUGACGUACAGCAACAUCCGUUUGAUCAUUUCUUUCUACCUCCAUUAGAUUGCGUCUACAAAUUUGAUUAUUAUAUUGAUACUGAAGAUUUAUAUGAUCAUAACCAUGAUGAAAAUCGUCUGCAAGAUGAUGCUAAUCAACACCUUUUUCUUGGCUGGAAGAUAGCUGCCUUAGCUGCUUUCGGUCUUGCUGUUCUGGCGUCAGGAGCAUCACUGUUGCUAUGCAUAUGUGCAUUUUGUCACAGAACACUAAUCUGUGCUACUACUGCCUUGGUUUCUGUAUCAACUGUACUCUCUUCCGUUGGACUUCUUGUAUUCUAUAUAUGGGCAAACUAUCAAGAUAACAAUAUUAUUAAAGAAGAUGACGGUAUCUAUGAGCAAUACUUUGGUUGGGCAUUCUACGCUCAAGUUAUUGGGACUGCUCUACACUUUGUCGCAGCAUUUCUUGGCUGUGUGGCUACUUCUGUUGCGUUUACUAAAGGAAAAGCAAAGCUUGUAAAAAUUGAGGUGGUUGAUGGCGACGACACAUCACUUCUUGACGGCGAGUCCAGUAGGCCAUUUAAAAGGUCUUUCUCCGCCAUUUACAAGGUCGAUUCUGCUGCCCUAAGACAGUGGGAAAAAGACUAUAUGAACAAAAUUAAAGACGAGACUUUUCUUAAGCAGAGAAUAGGAUCUAUGCCAAACAUAAGGAAAGGUGAACGAUAUCAGCAAAGAGCAAAUAUUUUUGGCCAAUCGCGGUCGUCAUCACAAACAUUCUUGAAUAUGACGGGUAGCAAUCGCACUUUAACGACAACAACCUUCGACUCAAGCCCUGAGAGGGCGCCAGUAUUAAAUGAAUCCUAUUCCGGGACUUCCAAGCCCGCUUUAAAAUCCGUCCUGAAACAACCAGCUCGUUCGAAUCCGCGCAGUAUAGCAGAAAGCGACGUGACUUACGAAAUCCUUCCAUGCGAUUCAUCUUUUGACGAAAGAGGACAAGGAACAAGCGGCCGAAGGUCUUUAAACACUUACGACAAGGUUUAUGAGCCCACUAAAUGGAAAAAUCAAAGCGACAAAUAUGAAGAACCAAACACUAUCCGGUCGAGGAACUCGCUGUCAAGUUUUGGCGAUGGCAUUUCAGCCCUUCAAAGCGCUCCUCAAAAAAAUUUUGUUUCUGAUGGAUCAGUAAAAAGUUUCGAUGUUGGUCAUCAGGAAGCCAAGUCUACACUAAUUAAUGAUAUCGUGGAGGAAAGGCCGAAAACUGCUGAACCGUGGAUGGUGUUUAGGAAAAGUUCAUAUUUUGACGACGAGUGUACAGCAUCUACGGAAUUCCUUCAACUGAGACAUGAAAACAAGCGUUCAGAAAACAAAAGGAGUAUUUUGCGACCCGAGGUGCUUUCAAAGCCGCCAGUACCGGAAAAGCCUACAGUUCCUUUACGUGCAACACAGUUAUCUAGUAGUCAAAAUAUAAGAGACUUUGCUGUACGAAGAAGAGACACAUCUGAUUCGCAAGAGACUGAUUCUUCACUGAAAACUGGAGGGAUUAAUAUUAAUACAUUUGCUGGUGGAUUUGGUAGCAGGACAGGGCAAAGAUCGAUAACAAACCUUACUGCUCUACCAAAUAACGAUGAGAAUAUUAGAGCAUUUGAAAGGCAUGAUUCCUCUGAUGUCAGUUUGACCAGCAGUUAUUCUGCACCAAAAAAGAAGCCUCACCAUUUGGAUUAUUUAUCGAUAAGUUCGAAAGUACUUUUAAACUUCAAUCAAGGUUGUCAUCAAUUUAGGAAACUGAUCAGAAUUGCACCUGACGAAGUGGAUCGGUCCGUGGGCUCUUCAACGUUGCUUGAAAAUGAGGCUAUAAACGAAUCACCAUAUACUUAUUUAAAAGAAGCAGAGCUUCGCUUAAAUUUGUUUAUGAAUGGUUUGGCUCCACUGAAUGUUUCCAGUGGAAAUCCGUCGUCAUGUGCAGGAUCGUCGAGCAAGGAGACUAGUGUUACAACUGUUUAA